AUAGAGUUCGACUCUAGCGAGUUGCUGGCUUGGUUCGCACUAUUCCUUUCUGGUCCGAGUCCAAAAAGAUUUGAUUUUUCGAUAUCUGCGGAGGGGAGAAAAAAAAGCGCGUUAUCAUUUGAACUAGUUGGGCGGCUCACAAACUGUACCGGUCUUUGAAAUUUGGAGAAAAGGCCGUGAAGUGAAAAUAAUGAAGACAUUUGAAAAAAACCAAAACAGACCUGCCAUCCAUGGAUUGAGUUCGCUAUCCUUCAAGUCAAAUGAUGACGUUUGGGGGCCGCCCUCGCGAACGCAUGUAACAUUCAAUCGAGUGUUCCGAGGGCUGUACACACUACACAGUGUGCUUUUUUGCUUUUUCUCCAUUCUUCAGUUCAUCGUUGCUGAGAUGAUCGGUGGCGAUUUUCAUGUGGCAAUUGAUAAGCCCUCGGGCUACUCCGUAAAUCAGGGCUGGAGGGAAGAGAACCACCGGGCCUGUCCACGGCGUAUGUUCCUCGCAGCUUGCACCACUGCUGAAGUUUGGUCGCAGCUGGAAAUAGCAUCAAAAACCAAACAAACACCCGUACCAAGCCGCAGCUUAAGCUUGUCCCAUGAGAAGGGUUCGCGCUAUUUUUGUGCUUCUCGUGUCCAUGGAACUCGGUGAGCAUCCGAAACUCUUUCUCGGCCGUUUAUGGUAUACCCGUGCGAAACGGAAAAGCAAUAAUAGACGUAAUGGUGAACCACUUCUUCAAGC